GAUCCGACGACGCCCCUGAUCCGAUGUUGUCCAAAGAGUCAUUGGAACUUAAUUGAACUGUCAGUAAUUUGUGAGAAACAUUUGAUUGUGAAAGCGGUCGAUGGAUGUCAAAGCCAUCAUGGCAGAACAUGCAAUAGCAGAUGCUGCUUUCAUGAAGCAUUCCUGUUGCAAGCAUUCAUUGCCGUCUCAAGUCCUGUUACAAGGGCAGCAAAGCCAUAGCACAGCCUUCACCAUGCCUGUCGUGGUGGAAGUUCUGUGUGGAAGGCACUUCUUCAUCGAGAAUCCAAACUGCUUCACGCAGUUCACUCAUCAAGGCCAGACCUACAGCACGGACACGCACACUUCCGCGACCAGCCCCAAGUGGGAGAAGAACAAGUUCGAGUUGGAUCAUGACGACAAGGCCUUGAAACUGCACUUCGAAGUCAUGACGCGCCAGGGCCGCUCGCCGCUGCGCAUUGCCUCCGUGACUGUGGAGUGGCCCGACUUGCAGCCGGGUGUGCAUGCAGUGGAUGACUAUGUGGUGAAGCCCGAGGCCCCUGGUGUCAAGGACACCGCGGCCAUCCGGGUGGCCUGUACGUUGACGACCGGCUGGAAGCCCAAGCGAGAGCCCACACGGAAGGCGCUCUUCGUGGGCAUUUGCUACAAGGGGACCCCCCAUGUGCUGCCUCAGAGCGACCGCGAUGCCGAGCAGAUGAAGGUCUACCUUUGUGACAAGUGGGGCUUCGUGGAUUCUCCGGAGCACACCAAGCUGCUGAAGGACGGGGCGGGAAGCAAGCCGGAGACGAAGCCGACCAAGAGCAACAUCCGAGCUGCUUUGAGUUGGCUGGCGCAUGACGCAGUGGCAGGUGACAGCCUCCUUUUCUUCUACAGUGGACAUGGAUCUCAGAAACCCAAUCUCCACGACCGUGAGAAGGAUGGCUUCGAUGAGGCAUUGGUGCCUUGUGAUGUUGAUGAGAAUGGGGUUCUGGUCGAUGAUGAGAUCAAUGAACUCUUGGUGCAACCUUUGCCGGAAAGGGUGAGGCUGACCUGCAUUCUGGACUGCUGUCACAGUGGCAGUGGCUUGGACUUGGCUUACCGCUGGAGCCCCUACAUGACGGAGAAGGGAUGGAAGCUGGACAAAGGAGGCUACUAUUCAGAUGCAGAUGUGAUUUGCAUCUCUGGCUGCGCGGACGAUCAGACCUCCACGUCAGUUCCUAUCCUUGGACUUGGAAGACCGGAGAAUCUCCCUCAGAGGGAUGGCAUGCCCUCGGGGCUGUGUGCAGCUUCGCUUUGUGUGGCCAUGGAAGUGCAUGAAGAGCAGUGCAAAAUGAAUUGGAUGGAGAUGCUGAAUAUCAUGGCCACUGUGCUCAAAGACAUGGAUUUCAAGCAAGAAGUGCAGCUUUCAAGCAGUCAGAAGUUCGAUCUCACUCGGCAGUUCGGCUUUCAUGACUGCAUCCCCAACAGCAACAAGUUCAGGGGUGCCGUGGACGGUGGCGAUGGAGGCCAUCCAUUCUACUCGGCUCGCAAUUUGCUCCAGGAUGAGAAGUUCAUGUCAAGUGAUGUCAUGGUUUCAAUGCAACGGGCAGGAUUGGUGCAGCCACUCAAGCAAGCACAAGCUGAGCUCGUCGUGUUGGAUCCAGCAGUUUCACCCAAAUCCUCCUGGUGUUGCUGUUAGGGGGUAAGAAGAUCCAUGAUUUUCCUUCUUCUGGGAGCCAUGUGCUGCCCAUUUCUGUAACGGUAGAAUGCUGUGAUGAUCUGUGAUGUGUUUGUGACAAUCAUGCUACUUGGAGCCCGAAGAGGCUCGACUGCGGGGGCAUGUGAAAA